AUGGACUUAGCCCUGUCCUGGGGUUGUGGAUAUAUGCAGUGGAUGGCCAAACGAGGGAACACAAGCGCUAUCAACUUCUACAAACAAUUAGGUGCUGUGGAAACAAACACGGAUAACCUCAUGACAUUCACGUUAGACGAAGACGCCAUGACACUGGCCUGUUCAAAGAUACCAACCCAGCAAGCUCGACCACCAAAUCAGCCAACUCAGCAAGCUCGACCACCCAAUCAGCCAACCCAGCAAGCUCGACCAACCGAUAAGCCAACCCAGCAAGCUCGACCAACCAACCCAGCAAGCCUGACCACCCAGUCAGCCAACCCAGCAAGCUCGACCACCCAGUCAGCCAACCCAGCAAGCUCGACCACCCAGUCAGCCAACUCAGCAAGCUCGACCACCCACAAGUUCGACCAACCAAUCACCCAACUCAGCAAGCUUGACCACCCAAUCAGCCAACCCAGCAAGCUCGACCAACCGAUAAGCCAACCCAGCAAGCUCGACCAACCAAGUAUCCAACUCAGCAAGCUUGACCAACCAAUCAGCCAACCCAGCAAGUUCGACCGACCAGUACCCCAACACAGCAAGCUCGACCAACCAAUUAGCCGACUCAGCAAACUCGACCACCCAAUCAGCCAACCCAGCAAGCUCGACCACCAAAUCAGCCAACUCAGCAAGCUCUACCACCCAAUCAGCCAACCCAGCAAGCUCGACCAACCGAUAAGCCAACCCAGCAAGCUCGACCAACCAAGUAUCCAACUCAGCAAGCUUGACCAACCAAUCAGCCAACCCAGCAAGUUCGACCGACCAGUACCCCAACACAGCAAGCUCGACCAACCAAUUAGCCGACUCAGCAAACUCGACCACCCAAUCAGCCAACCCAGCAAGCUCGACCACCCAAUCAGCCAACCCAGCAAGCUCGACAACCCAAUCAUCCAACCAGCCAGCUCGACCACCCAAUCAGCCAACCCAGCAAGCCUUACUCCUAAUCAGCCAACCCACCCGAGCCCCCUAUAUCAAGCUGAGCCCCCUAUAUCAGCCCGAGCCCCCUAUAUCAGCCCGAGACCCCUAUAUCAGCCCGAGCCCCCUAUAUCAGCCCGAGCCCCCUAUAUCAGCCUGAGCCCCCUAUAUCAGCCCGAGCCCCCUAUAUCAGCCCGAGCCCCCUAUAUCAAACCGAGUCCCCUAUAUCAGCCCGAGCCCCCUAUAUCAGCCCGAGCCCCCUAUAUCAGCCCGAGGCCCCUAUAUCAGCCCGAGACCCCUAUAUCAGCCCGAGCCCCCUAUAUCAGCCCGAGACCCCUAUAUCAGCCCGAGCCCCCUAUAUCAGCCCGAGCCCCCUAUAUCAGCCUGAGCCCCCUUUAUCAGCCCGAGCCCCCUAUAUCAGCCCGAGCCCCCUAUAUCAGCCCGAGCCACCUAUAUCAGCCCGAGCCACCUAUAUCAGUCCGAGCCCCCUAUAUCAGCCCGAGCCCCCUAUAUCCCCCUGAGACCCCUAUAUCAGCCCGAGCCCCCUAUAUCAAGCUGAGCCCCCUAUAUCAGCCCGAGCCCCCUAUAUCAGCCCGAGCCCCCUAUAUCAAGCUGAGCCCCCUAUAUAUAUCGGCCCGAGACCCCUAUAUCAGCCCGAGCCCCCUAUAUCAGCCCGAGACCCCUAUAUCAACCCGAGACCCCAAUAUCAGUCCGAGGGCCGAAGGCCAGAGAGGUGCUAUGUGGAUCGAGGGUUGA